AUACAAUCAGUGUUUUCAGUUUCUCCAUCUGUGUAUGCGGUGCAAGUUCCUGUUGAUUUCACAACGUGUGUUUGUACAGUCUUUGUUAACAUCUUCAGUUCGCGUGCUUUGUACUGAAGGACAGGCCAUAGGGCACACGAUCAAGGAAAUGAAUGCAACUUUACUGCGUGAUGGCAGUCGGAGCUGGGACACUUGUUAGGCACUCGAGUGCGUGGGGAUGGUUCCCGUUCGCUGCGCGAACCUGUGACCCAAAGCAGUGUCCCGGCUGGAAUGCGCAGGCGGUGCAGGCGCUGCUGCCACCCACGGCUCGUACGGGACAUUGCCCUGCGUGCAGUGGAAAGGUUGAGUCUGCUUUGCUGUCAGGUACCGGCUUCCAUGUGCAAGAUAACAUAUGAGGAGCUCAGUGUGGGACCCUUAAAGCAGAUUGCGACAUAGACUGGCAAUAUUUUUCACAGCUGCGUGAAGCUAGAAAUCCGAGCGGAUGCCUGUGCCACCGCCGCCGCCACCUCCUCCUCCACCGCCUCCACCACCUUCUGGAGGGCCCCCUCCACCACCACCUUCUGGAGGGCCCCCUCCACCACCACCACCACCACUGGGAAGCUCAGAGAUACCAAAAUUGCGGAAGGAAGAGCAGAAAGCACGAAACGCACUCUUGGCUGAUAUCCAGCAGGGAACUCGCCUAAGGAAAGUGACCCAAAUCAACGACCGCAGUGCGCCACAAAUUGAAAAACCCAAAGGAGCUAAUAGAGAUGGAGGUAACUCAGCUGUUAAUAAAGGUGGCUCUCAGCCGCCUCUGGGAGGUUUAUUUGCUGGUGGAUUUCCUGUUCUCAGACCAGCAGGCCAGAGGGACAUGACAGGAGGGAGGCCUGGGCAGCUCUCCGGAGGCCGAGCAGCAUCCCCCAGACCCUCCGCACCGGCGAGCAGCGGCGGUGCCAAGGCCAACAGCACCCCCUCGCAGCCGGCCGAGGUUCCAAGGGCAGCUGCCCCACCGGAGCCUCCCGGCACCUCCCGAGCCGCAGCGGGAGCGGGUCCCGGGCGGCCCAGCCUGCCCGCCCCCCCUCCACCGCCGCCCGCUUCCAGCAAGCCUUCCCUCACCUUCCCUCCUCCUCCCCCUAUGCCCCCUCCGGCCGAUCGCCCUGCCAAGGGGGUGACCCCCGGCGCUGCUCCCCCGGCUCCGCUGCCUCCCCCUCAGGCUGACAAACCCACCAAGCCUCAAGCAGGCGCUUCGCACCCACCCCCGCCGCCGCCCCCUCCCCCUCCUCCUCCUCCCCCGCUGCCCCCCGUGCCCCCCGGCGGGCCGGGCAGGGCCGCCGAGGCCUCUGCGGCCGCCGCCGCUCCGGCCGAGGGAAGGGACUGUCCCCUUCCCACGCCGCCUCCGCCGCCUCCUCCGCCGCCUCACGCCCACCCCCCGCCGGCGAACAGGCUCUCCUUUCCCCCCUCCCCGGCCUUCAGCGGUGCCGACGUGCCCCCUCCGCUGCCCCCCAAGUCUCCCCACUUGCUGUCACAGUUCCAUAAGCCAAGCAACAUCCAAUCGCUGCCGCUGCCACCCACCCCCGUCCCCCCUCAGCCCGCAGCCGGGGUGGAGACCAGGAAGAAGAGACCCGGUCGAGGCGGAGGAACUGGUGCUGGGAAGCUGGUCACACCUCCACAGCCACCUGCAAGAUCCCCAACAACUGAACUUACAAGCAAGUCUGGAGUCUCAGCCUGGGCUACAGCUCAUGACCCCUACACACCACUUAAAAAUGGAAAUAUGCACAUCAUUGAUGACUUUGAAUCGAAAUUUACUUUCCAUUCUGUGGAAGAUUUCCCUCCACCUGAUGAAUUCAAACCAUUUCAGAAAACAUAUCCCAGCAAGAUACCCAGAGAUCCCUCUAAAAAUCCUCCACUAAGAACACACGUGAGAUGAGAAGAGUCUUCUGAUGUUCUCUGGACUAGUAUUAAAAAAGAAGAUCAAGAUAAUAUAUAAGACAGAAGGGGUCCCUCUUGCAGUGAUAGAUUGUACUUGAUUCACAAGUACUGCAAUAUUAACAAUUCUAUAAACUGUAAAACAAUAUAAACUAUACCUUUUGAACUGGCCUACAUACUACAGGAAUGUUAGUACAGGCUUUUAAAUUACUGUAUAUAGGUGAAUAUUUUUUAAGCAAAGCAGCAUAAAAUUUAAAUUCUUUGUAGUGUUGAAACAAUUCUCAUUCUUAUUGUGCUGACAGUGUUACCUCAGAAUGUUUUGUGCUACAUGCCUGUAGUUCUUUUUUCUCCUUCCAUCAUAAUUUUUGGAAAUUCUCCAGUUAUUAUUUAGACUUUUUUUCAAUGAACUGUCAAACUAAUAUGCUAUCUUUAGUCUGUUUUUAUGUUUCUUCACUUCUUCCAUUCUGCCUGGCCUCAGAUUGCAGCAGGAUGUCACUUUCAUGAAGAGGUGGGCCCACAACCCUUUUCUCAUGAAGCAUGAAGAAGAGAUGCCAAGGAGCUGUGGCUGCUAAUGAGCCUACCUCCUAAAGAUUACAUAUCCUUAUAGGAUAGUGUCUGAAGAAGCCCAGCUGGGUAGGGUGGUCUUGGACUUGACAAAGAUGACAGAACCUUUCCAAAGUAGAGGAAAAGAAAGUUGCUCUAUUGUAAGCAAGAAAAAGAAAUGGUGUGUGUGAAUACAUGUGCCGUGAUGAGCGUAUGUAAGGACACAUGUCCUGUCUUUUCCCGCCGGCAAAGUGGGUAUUUACCUUUUCUGUGACAGACUGCCUUUACCCAGCAAUUACAAAGCCUUUGGAUGAGGGGUCCAAAACCUACAUUUUAGAGCUACUACUAUUCGCUAGCAGUGAAGGUUCAUUGCCCAAAACACACCAUGUGGAACACUCAGCCCCCAAAGUGGUUGUUGUUUCAAAUAGAGUUGGUUGGGAAAAGUAACAAUCUAGCAGCAGACAAGACUUGAACUACUGCUUUUAAUAUUCAGACCUUGGGUAAGGUCUUUGGGUUGCAGAUGUUCAAAUCUGGUCCUAAGAUGUUUAUUUCUAGCAUUUAUUACCCUUAUUUUUGGCAAUUGGGAGGAGUGAUGCCAGGGAAGUGUGAGGGGAGUGAUUCUUCCCCAGUGCAAAGAAGACAUGGCCAUGCUGAAGAGAGUCCUACAAAAGGCCACAAAGGUGAUGACAGGGCUGGAGCAUCUCUCCUAUGAGGAAGGCUGAGAGAGCUGGGACUGAUCAGCCUAGAAAAGAGAAGGCUCAGAGGGGAUCUCUCCAAUGUAUGUAAAUAUUUGAAGGGAGGUAUAAAGAUGGACCCAGACUCUUUUCAAUGAUGUCCAGCGACAGAACCAGAGGAAAUGGGCAGCUGCAACACAAGAGGCGCUGUCAGAACAUCAGACAGCACUUUUUGACUGUGCAGGUGACUGAGCCUUGGAACAGGUUGCCCACAGACCUUGUAGAAUCUCUUUCCUUAAAGAUACUCAAAAGCCAUCUGGACUUUGUCCUUGGCAACUGGCAGUAGGUGACUCUGCUUGGCCAGAGGUGUUGGACCAGAUGACUUGUAGCCAUCCCUUCCAAUCCCAACCACCCACUGAUUCCCCUUUUUACAGCUUUUCUCGUUCCUAGACCUGGCUUACAGCAACCCAAGGCAUCGUUGGGGGCAGAGUGGCUGGAAAUCUGCCUGACACUACAGGACUGGGGUGUGCUGGCUGAGAGUGGCUAAACAUGCUGAACAGGGGCCAGUGUGUGCUCAGGUGGUCAAGAAGGCCAACAACAUCUUGGCUUGAGGAGGUUCAGAGGGGACCUUAUCGCUCUCUUUAACCCAAAAGGAUACUGUACCAAUGUGGGGGUCAGUCAGUCCUCUCAAGUAACAAGGAACCAGACAAGAGGAAAUGCCCUCAUGCUGUGCCAGGAGAGGUUUAGAUUUAAUAUUAGGAAAAACAUCUUCACCAGAAAGGUGGUCAGGUAUUGAAACAGGCUUCUCAGGGAAGUGGUGAAGUCACCAUUUAAUACCUACAGGUAUUUAAAAGACUUAUAGAUAUGGCACUCAGGUGAUGCCUCAGGUUUUAGCUUUUACACUUUUCAGAUUCUGUACUGCUUUAGUGUGCAAUUCUGAGCUUCAUAUUAGGGGAUAGUAAGCUCUUAUCAUGGAGUAGGUAGACAAAGGACCCUUGGUCCUGGGGACCAAGGACAAAUGAUCCAAAUUUCAGGCCCAAGAGUGUAAGCAACAGUGGAAUGAAGAGAGAAAAACAAGAAGGAUGGGACUUCAUAAUCUAAAGCUAUAACUGGAUAAUUAACUCCCAUAUGCUAAUGGACCAGAACUUAUAAAAGUGAGAGACCUCAUGACUGGUCAUCCAUUUUGUGACCAUUUUGGGUUCAUCUUGGGUGUAGUUCUGGCUGGGCUCUUGUUCUUCCCAAGACACAUCCAUUGAGGCCUUCUAAUAAAUACCUACUUUAUUCUUUAACUCCAUCUAGUCCCUCUUCUAGGCCAGCCUUCACAAGGCAUCACAGGGACAUGGUUUAAUCGUGGACUUGGCAGUGCUGGGUUAACAGCGGGAUUAGAUGAUCUCAAGAGUUGUUUUCCAGUAUAAAUGAUUCCAUGAUUCACCAGCCUGAAAAAGAAUACUGCUGUUCCAGGGUGAGUCUGGUGCUAACAGCCAGGCUAUUACAGUUACGGCAUUAAUUUAUAUAAUUGCCAUCAAUUCCCCUCAGUUAGAGGUGAAAUAAUGUUAUAGAUCACUGAUCAUCUUUCCCUGUGGCGUUGCCUUUGAACACAACUAUUUGGAAAAGGCAGGUAACUGCAUCUUUACAUCCCUGCUUUUCUCUUUGUUGUCACAGCAGCUCAGUUAUGCUGUAACUAUUCCCACACACAUGCACAUUCAUGGUGUGAGAUGGUGUAGGGGUAACAAGCUCUUCACCCACUGAACUCCAAGAAAGCAACAUUAGUUUGCUUUUAGAUUUUCUAGCCUAUUGUGAUAACUUGCUGUACAUAAUGUGAAAAGACAAAAAAAAAAGUGGUGAUGCUUUGACCAAUAGUGUCACUUACUGUAGCUACUUGAUAAAUAUGCAUGAAUGUAGUAACAAGCAGGGUCAAAUCUACAUUGCUUCUCGAACAACUGGAAAAGUUCAAUACUGUUUUAAAAACUAUUUUGUUACAGUAUUAUUAAAAGUGGCAUAUUGUUGGCUCUCAUUUAUUCUGAAAUUUGUGUACUGCUCUGUAGUAAAUACCUUCCUAAGGAUUUUAAAACUAAUUCUAGACUACCUGCCAGCAGAUAUAUAAAGGAGAAGAAAAUUUUACUCCUUUUUUUAUUAUGGUUUGGGUAUUUUAGAAAUAAACAGCAUCUUUCAGGGAUGAAGUGAGAAAUCCUGUGCUUGUUUGCUAACAUUUCUGAAAUGUUUUCAUAUAUUUGUCAUUCAAGAUUCAUUGAAGCAGCUGGAGAUACAGAGGAUCACGCUGGCUGUCACCCUGAGGCAGCUGAUCCCACAAGUCCCAGUGUGUUUUUCCACUGUGACACACCUCUGUUCAAGACCUCUGGAAAUACUAAGACCAUGCAGUUGCUCUGGUUUCUACUAACUGCACCCAACCAUGUUGCUGUACCACAGCUGGUUUUGGUUUUUAAAUGCACUAUACAACUCAAGCAAAAUCAACAUACUAUUAGAAAAUUAAUACCUGGAUCACUGUGCUCAAAACAAUUUAUUCAUUCUGUCAUAUAAGCAGUUCCACAAAAGGACAUAAAUGCCCAUGAGAUAAUUGCAA